AUGCUCCUCCUCCGCCAAGAACCUCGAAUUUCCGCUGUCCCUGGACAGAGCCUCCAACCUUCAGAAAAAUGGUGAAGUGGGCCCUUUUCCACAGCACAGGCUUUUCACGUUUUUGUGGUGGAAUGUUUCCUGAGUGAGCUGAUUUACUCCCUCAAGAGUAACCAACGCUCCAUUUCAAUUCCCCACGAUCCCGACUCCGCGUCCCUCCGCCACGACCUUGCCUCCUGCUGCCAACGCAGCGGUUUCUCAGAGAAAUCGCCCAAGGCGCGUGGCCGGGCGGUUGGGCGACCAACGGUUUUUUAACGCGAGAGGAGAGCGCGGGAGGAGAGGCGGGAACGCGUAAGGACUAGCGGGGCCCGGGGUGGGGGAAGGGUGGCGGACGAAGGGCGGGGCCGGCGCCAGGAAGGAUCGCGAAGGAGCUGGGAGGCCCCGCCCUUUCCGUAGAUAUCUCUAGAAAGCCGUGCCGGAGCCCGAAAACAAGGACUGCGCACGCGCGGUGGCAAGGCCCGGGCAUUUUGCUGCGUCACCAGCCGCCGCCCGGCCUCACCACCCCUCGUUCGCACGCACGCACGUUCAUUCUCCGUCCUCGCGCCCCUUUUCCUACACUUUCCUCUUCUCCCCGACCGGAGGAGCUGCUCUUUCCGCGCGGUGCAUUCUGGGGAGCUAGGUCGAGCCCGCCGCUACCGCCGUCGCCUGAGGGAAGCGAGAAGAGGCCGCGACCGGGGACAAAACGCGGAGUCGCCACCGGAGAGAAGUCGACUUAGCAGCAGCCGCCGCCGGAGAGGCCCGCCCACCCGUUCGCCCGUCCCCCUGCCCCGUUCACAAUGCAGCCUGCUUCUGCAAAGUGGUACGAUCGAAGGGACUAUGUCUUCAUUGAAUUUUGUGUUGAAGACAGUAAGGAUGUUAAUGUAAAUUUUGAAAAAUCCAAACUUACAUUCAGUUGUCUUGGAGGAAGUGAUAAUUUUAAGCAUUUAAAUGAAAUUGAUCUUUUUCACUGUAUUGAUCCAAAUGAUUCCAAGCAUAAAAGAACGGACAGAUCAAUUUUAUGUUGUUUACGAAAAGGAGAAUCUGGCCAGUCAUGGCCAAGGUUAACAAAAGAAAGGGCAAAGCUUAAUUGGCUUAGUGUGGACUUCAAUAAUUGGAAAGACUGGGAAGACGAUUCAGAUGAAGACAUGUCUAAUUUUGAUCGUUUUUCUGAGGUAAGUUCCUUUAAAUGGAUCUCUCCCCACUCCAAGUACACAGUACAUGUUUAUAUAGUCAAUUUAAUUUGGUUUUAGGCACCUAUAGUAUUCAUGAUGUUUGUUAUUUUUUAGGCCAUUUUGCAGUAGC